AUGGACGCAUUAAAGCCAUCUCCGCUUACUUUCACAGCGGAAAGAGUCCGCCAAAUAUUGAGAGAUCAUUACAGUAGCGACCCAAGGACAAUACCCUAUUUCAACAUUAGAGGGACUGCUGCUUCUGCCAGGGGCCGUUUGGCUGGCACGGAUUUGUAUCACGCCGAUGAAGCAACUCGUGUGCAGGCCAGGCAGCUCAGCGCUCAACAUACCUGUCAACAAUACCAUUCAGCUGGCCGUGACUUGCGCAACCAUAAUGUUAGGUUGGAUCUUGAAUCCUCUCAUCUAUUGCAAUGCCAUUUCCCCCAAUACAAGACAGAAGCCUAUCCUGAGUACCGUAGUCUCACAGAGGAUGAUAUCGUCGAGAAGACCUGCAAGCUUCUCUGUAGACUACCAUCAAUCCCCCUGCCGCUGGGGAACGUGACAUCUUCACUUAUCUUUCGAAGUAUAUCACCGGAGUAUCUUGUUCAGCCCGAUACGCCAGCGAGAUGGAGCAACCUGAAAGCCGUCCCCUAUAUUAGCACAAUGGUCAUUCUAUUGGCCCUUCUGAUCAUCUCGGCUCGUACUUACCAUGAGAGCUGGGAGUUGAUCUCUUACGAAGCGUUACGCGAAAUUCCGAAUACUUUCAUUGAAUUGUUGGAGACCUCAGCAAGCCUAUCGACAUGCGCAACUUCUGCAGCUGAUGCCCAAGCCUGGAUGGUUGUGCAGUCUUUUCUUUGGGCCUCAUGGCAACGAUACAUCAUGCUAUUUCGAUGGUACGUUUUGGGUCUGCAUCUUCAAAAAGGCUUCGACCCCCAAAUUAUGACAGCUUUCUCCUUGCGACAAUACAGUGACUUCAAGGAGCCGGGAGAGGAAAUUGAACAAGGCUUAGACUCUGCACAUGAGUGCCCGCAGUACAUGUGCAAAUGGGCAUUCCGAUUAUUGCAAUCCGAUCGUUCUGCAGUCUGCCAGGAUUUCCGAAGAUUGUGCGCUGUAUUCGAGGAGGCUUUCCCUGGGCGUCGGCCUCGUUGUAUACUGAACUCAACAACUGUUGCUCUUCAAUGUGACGGCCUGUCCGUUGAUAACUGCCAAAGGUUCAAGGGACUCAAAAUAACCGAUCAAUCAGCACAUGCACAUGCACCCCAGCUUCCAGCUCGCUUAUGUCGGCCACUAUUCUGGGAUGAAACAUCAUACAGACGUGUGAAUGGCGCGCGGGCGGUAUGCAUCGACGACGAUCCUGCGGACAACCGUUUGAAAUACUGUGCAGCAUCUCGAGAUACUUUGACUAUUUCGCAUGUCUGGAGCCACGGACAAGGUGGAAGACCGGAGAUAAACGGCACAGGGCUGAAUGACUGCCUCCACAUCCGUUAUUGCCGUAUUGCUCGUCAAUUUGAAUGCACAUCGUACUGGAUGGAUACGCCUUGCAUUCCGCAAGAUCACCAUUUGAGGGCCGAGGCAAUAUCUUAUAUCAACGAAGUCUUUGCGAGAAGCAAAAUGACACUCAUAUGCGAUCGCGACUUGAUGGAACUGGAAGUCGAGGCUGGACCAAAUGAAGUGCAGAGUUAUGAAAGUAUCGUCGCUACCAUGCUCGUUUGUGAUUGGAACGUGCGUGCUUGGACUCUUCUGGAGUCGAUGCGCGGUAGGAGGCAUAUUUAUGUCUUAUGCAAGAACGAUACGGUCAUAUCCGUAAAAAAAGCGCUCGACGUGGUCCAUCAACGUGGUCACAUUGACCUUGCCACUCUCGCGCUGACCGCGCAGCACAUGUUGCCAUGGCUAGAUCGAUUGUCGUCUAGCGUACCAGGCUAUGAUCCAGACUUGCUUCCGUUAGGAAUUCCGGAAGCGACUCUCCUGCUCGUCAAUCGACACGCUUCACGGAGUGGUGACGAUGUCGUUAUAUGGACACUGCUUACCGGAUCCCAGCCAUUCUUCGAUCCGAAAGACUUUUGGGUCCACAUAUGGAGGACGCUGAGAGAAGUUCCAACUGGGUAUCUGUUUUCGGAUGUUCCUAGGUUGCAACAUAUCCCGGGCCUUCGCUGGGCUCCGAGCCAACCUCGCCGUGCCAACUCUGUUCGAGCUUUCCGAUCAUCCAUACCACAACAUCGGCCAAUUCCUUCUUUGGGGCAAUUCUAUGACGGAGAGGGCACUCGACACGGUCGUGUUGAACGCGGUGGGGCUUUCGCAGCAGUUUGGCAAGCAUUCGAGCUCGUGGUAUGCAGUAUAGUGCAUACUGCCCCAUCUGGAGACUGUUCAAAAAGUCAGCAGGUUCUUCAAGACAUCAGCCAACAGUCCAGGCUGGCAGAUUCGCGCAUUCUUCUUCUUCGACCUGCUUCAUACUAUCCCUUUAGUGAAAACCAUUCCGUGUUAUACAAUGGCAAUGGUGGCGGGCCACUCAUUGCUGUUCUCUCGUAUAAGACGGAAGGAGUCUGGAUAUGGCGUGGAUUAUAUGAAUGGCCGUUGGACGUAGAGUUACCGACAUUUCGUGAGCAGCAUCUGCGCAUCGUCUAG